GCUCUCCUUGUCUACGUCUCCCUCGUUCUGCCACCGUCCUUUGUCGACGCCCGCAACGAUCUUCCCGCUCCCCUGGCUUUCUUUCCAUCUUCUCUACAUUCCGAUUCCAACUCUUUCAGUCAUGUCCGCACCCGCACCCAUCACGUCCAUUCCUGAGCAGUCCGGCAACUCUCUCACCAACCCAUCACGUCUGCGGUCCAGGAAGACUCGCAUUGUUAGGCGGCGGGGCCGUGCCAAGUUCGAUGAGAGCGACGAGGAGAUCGAGCGGGAGGUGACUUCAGACGAUGAAUCCGAUGACGACCACUCUUCUCUGGCAUCGGCUUCAGAGUCUGAAUCCCUAUCAGAGGACGGCCAUUUGAACGGACGCUCAGAGGUCGUCACUCCCAGUACGACCCAGAGCCCUCCUCCGCUCGAUAUUGACGGUCGUACGCCUCUUGCUGGGUCCAAGCGUACGUCCAUAGCGGCCGAUUCUGGCCCUUUUGUUGCGGCCACCGACUGGGCGGACAUGGUCACCGCCGAGCAUGCCAAUGGCGCAGAGGAACUGCCUGUCAUUGACUUCGCUGACCUCGACCGUCAGCGCAUCGACCAGCACCUCAUCUCGCCUCAUCCCGCGCCGAAGAAACCUCGCAAACAAGCCAAGCCUCGAGGACAAACUGCGCGUCAAGCAUAUCAACAGCGGCUUGAGACUGAUCCAUCGUUCGUGCCAAAGGUUGGCGAGUUCUGGGGGCACGAUGACCGACUGCUGGACAAGGAUCUUCGGAGCUUGAGUGGAUGGUGGAGGGGGCGCUGGCAGUCACGAGGCCGCGGCCGAGGUGCGCCUCCAAUGCGUGGCGGGAGAGGGCGGGGUGUCUUCUUCGGGGGCAGAAACGUGGACCACGACGGCUUCGAGGAGAUGAAGCGUCGAGACGAGAAGCGCCUGGAGGUGCAGCGCUCGCAGGAACAGGAACAAACCAAGCAGCAGCAGCAGCAGUCUCCACAGGUGCGCUUUGGCCGCAACGUGGGUGGUUUCUUCGGUGGCCGUGGUCGCGGAAGUUUCGCGCGUGGCGGCAGCGGUAGCACUUCACCAGUGCACGCGGUGUCUAAUAUGCCUGCCGCAGAUCGUAUCUGGUUUGCAAUGAAACCCGAGCGCAUGUGGACCAAGCAGCACGAAGCUUUCCUUUACUUUGACACGGCUCUGAAGCCGCGUCCAGGUAUGGGACCGGGCUAUCGUGUCAAGCUGCCAGGUAGCAAGGAUCACGUCGUCAGGGCGCCGCCGAGGCAUACUAUCGCAGUCAGUGUUUCACCGGAGGAUGAGAGAAGUGACAUUUGUCAUUCGCCUACCACGCCGUCCAGGCAAGGAGAAGGCUAUCGAGGACCUGCACCUGCACCAACACCGGAGAUCCUCAGCAUAGAGGAGGUAUUCACAGUACGACCAAAUCUAGUGCCCAACAGGAGGAUCAACCUGUCAACAUCGCAACCUCAGCCUUCUGCGAACCAUAUCGACUCGGUGACAGCCGUAUCGUCUACGACUAUGGCGCCGCCUCCGAGGUCAUUGUCGAGUCCGAGAGUCACUUCAUUACCAUCCGCGUCAAGCGCCCCUCGCUCUGACCUGUUCGCCCUGCAGCCGCCGGUGGUGCUCAAGGAAACAGUGCUUCGCCGUGCAUCGAUAUCAACGCAGUCGUCCUCCGUGCCCGCUGCACCUGUUCUCCAGGCCGACGACCCGCGCCGCCUGUUCUCCCGCCUUUGCAAACCAACUUCUCUCCGCGUCGGCCUCAACCAACACGGCAUGCCAUACGAGCUCGCGACUGGUCGUCCUGUCUACCUCCAUCAGCCCACGCCUCCGCCGCCGCCGCCGCCGAUGUUCACACCACGGCCGGUGAUGUAUACGCACACCCCGCAUCCUUCCAUGAGCGCCCCCUUCGUCCCCGGCCACAUGCACCACCCUUCCCACUCCGUCGCAUCGCCAGAUCCGUACGCGCAGUCACACACACCGCCCGUCCAGUUAUUGACCCUUCGUCUGAGCAGCCGCAUCGAGAUCCGUGCGCCUGUGGACACGGCGGAUGGAAAGAAGCACUCUUCGCGGCCUUCCGGGCUGCGUGUCUCGAGCUCUGAGUCAGUGGGGGCAUCUCGGUUUGAACGAGAGGCAGCCUCUGACUCGCGGCCAGAGUUCGCAGCGCCUAACGGCGACGCGCAGUCUGCGAACCCGUCUGUCUUGCCCCAGGGAGACCCUGCGCUAGCGAUGGGCUACUACCCGCAGCAGUACUACUACCCCGACCCUUAUGCCUAUCCUGCGUACAUGGACGUGUCUCCGCAGGUCAUGCCCUAUGAGAUGUUCCCCUCGGACCACCGCGCUCACCAUCAGCCCCAGCCCCCUAUGAUCUACUACUAGUCGCUCUACCUUGCACGCUCUACACGUCGCGUUCUCCUUUUCUCGUGUCCCUGUUCUUGUUCCCGGUUCUGCAAAGUGCUCUAUCAUGCUCGUGUCGUGCAAACUCCGCUCCGUACUCAUCCAUCCAUCGUCAGAGGUCUCUGUUUCUCAUGCCCGUAAAUACUAUUAUACGGUCCAGGUAGUUGCUGCCAUACCCUCUAGUACUCUCUACAUGUUUGUUGCAGGCCAUGGCCGGCAAGCCCCCUCAUGACUUGACAUUUAUAUUUUUGCCUUCUGAUUGUUUCUGAACUUCUGCACCUGCUCUCUGCUACUGUUGGCUUUACAUUCUUGUCGCAUCCAUGGCCAAAGGGUUCAAUAGAUGUCAUUGACCGCUGAGAAGUCUAAUAGGUAGGACGCAGGCACUGUUUGAGAAUUCGAUGGGGCCGCGAAUUAUGUAGUGGC